UAUUUAAAAUCAGUUUAUCUAGUGCCCUUAUUGCUUUAAGUUAGUAAAUAUCGACAUAAAUAAAAUGGAUACGGAGAAAACAAUAGGUAUCGCUCCAAACCCCGAGUGCAUAAAAGGAGCGGUUGCGUGCCAAUGUGAACUAGGUCGUGAGAAAUUGCUGACGGCUCCGCCUUACAACCGUAUCUGCUCGACAGCUGAAAAAGAUGUCAACUCUCGUCUGCAAACAGCCCCGUGCGCUAGGGAUCUCGAACAAUACAAAUGCCCAGUCAGCCAUAUACUCGUUAAUUUCAAAUCGCCAUUAUCGCCUAACCAUGUGUUCAACAAAGUCUUCCCAUCUAAUACCCCAAUUAAGCAAGUUAAACGCAAACUAGCCAAAUUGCUCUCAAUUUCCAAUAAUAAUAUUGUAUUUACAAAAAAUAGAAACGUAUUGAAAGAAUCAAGUCUUCUUUCGGAGCUGAAAACUGAUGCCCUUGGAAAUCUUUUUAUCGACGUGUUUACAAAGAAUUCUGAAGAGUUUUCUCUUUCAUCUAUUCCUAAAGAAUCUUACGUUCAUGAGCUUAUACAUACUAUGAUGCCAAAAAAGAAAUCGAUGCCAUUUAUUGCGAUCAAAUUUAGAGUAAGAAAUCAAAAUGGGGUCUUUACUCGUUCAUAUCAUUCCAUUAUGAACGUGCAUGAAGUUAAAAAGAAUUUGGCUGGUGUUUUUCAAGUUGACCCAGACAUCCUAGUACUCUUACGAGAAGAUCGCCCUCUAAACGAUCGUAUGGCGUUGCUAGAUCUGGAUUACGAUAAGUAUGGGAUUGUUGAGGUAGAACUUCUAACUAAAAAUAAUGACAAACUUAAUUUAGAGAGAUUAUACAAGGAAAUGCCUUUUAAUGAUGUUUUGACUGUGAUGGUUCCUAUUGGCAGUACUGUAAAGUAUAUUAAUGUUGAAAUAUUUUCAAAACCAAUAAAGAAGCCUUUUCUUGGAGGUUAUAGAAACGUUCAAACAGGUACAAUCUACCAUCAUGCUUACACACAGACUCCACAAAAACCUGAAAAGGUUUUACCAGAAAAUAAAACCUGUCGAGAUACUCAAACAGCUGAAAUGCGUGAGAAAAUUUAUGACACAAAUUACAGCAGAGCUACGCAAAUGAAUUGUGUCCACGCCUAUAUUCCCAAUGUAUCCGACAAAAUUAUUGUACCACAACCUUACGAGACAUACGAAGAAAUGAUCGCAAGACUUAACCAUAAUCAUUACGCGUGUAUUAUACAGAGAGCUUUAAGACGCCAUCAGUUUAGACAAAAAGUUAAAAGAUGGCUACAAGAAUGCAUGGAAAGAAUUGCAAGAAUGGAGGAAGAGAAGAGAGUGGAACGCGAAGCCAUGGAGAGAAGAUUGCGAAAGGAUCUCGUAACUAAAACAUUUCCUAGGACUCGCGAGGAUUUUGAUCAACUGUACGCCAUGGUAGAUCGCUGGAAGCAUGCAGAAAUAGCAAGAAUAUCACAACUGCACUCUAAAGGGCCUAAGAUCGCAGAAUUCACACUUCUGUUAGAUAAAGAAGUAGAACUUCUACGUUGUAUUGAAGCUUAUAGAGUAAAAGUAAGAGAAGACAGUAGAAAAACCAAAGAGAAGAAAUUUUUAGAAGAAAUAUCCAAACCUGUAGCAUGGUAUGGCCGUGAUGGCAAAUUAAUAACAAUGGAUACCGUCGAGAUUCAAAAGGCAAGAAAACUGAAAGAGUUGUACAACUCAUUCAUUAGAGACGAUGUAGAGGUCAAAGAAAGAAUAGAGCUUUUAGUAAACAUGAAGUUUGCAGUACAAGAAUUUCGUCACCCUUUAGCUGAAGAAAUUAUAACUCUUUUAGAUAGAGAAUGUGAUCUUCUUGUCAGAAGAUGUAAUGAUUAUCAACUUGAAAUUCUAAGACUACGGAUAGCUGCUAGCGUAUUUCAAUUGAUUAAAACAUCCGAAUUAAACUCUGAUGUAACAAAGUGCAAGAAUAUUAGGGAUUAUCGAAAAAUGGAGGACUGUCGGCUUUAUUUCUGUGAGAUGUGCCAUCAAGUGAAACUUAACACGGAGUUUCCGUUAAACGCUAAAAUGAGCGGUUUUUUGGUAUGCACAUCUUGCUCUUGGAAAGAUGUAUCAGAAAAAUUAUGGAUUGAUAUGACACCAUAUAAGUUUAUCCUUAGAGCUGUCCAACGUGAUGAAAGAAGGAGAAAAUGCUGGGGAUCAUUGGCCUUUGUUCUGCAAGAGAAAGAUAUAUUCUUUAUCGCAGAAAAGCUUUGGCACUCUCAUUCAGCUAUAAGCGAAUGUAGCGAUAUGACGGAGCUUAGGUUGUGUAGAUGGCACGUAAAUGAAGACUGGUCCCCGUGGAAUUGUUUCUUAGUCACUGUUCAAGAAAUGAAGGCGCACUUGAAGUUAGAAAACCCAGAAAGUGUUUACGACGAGGAACUUGUCCAGAAAGUACAAAACAAACACAAACUUGCCAAAGCUAACUUCGAACAGCUUCUGACUGUUAACAAACGCCUUACAGAAAGCGGCGCGUGGCCGGCUGUCCGCGCACCAGCUAUUGCUCGUGUAGAUGCUGUCAAUCGAAUAUGA